CUCUCGUUAUAUAUAACUAAUUCACAUUUGUGGUCUUCAUAUUUUCUAGCUCACCUCACUACAGCAGUCACAGCGCCCUCACCUUCAUUCCUUCGAGAGCUGUCCCCCUUUUUGAGGUCCUCCCCGCCAAAAUAUACUCGAGAUGACACGUGCCCAGCAAUCUCUCUCUAUCAUUCUCCUUUUGACAUCACUCUACCUCGCCCUCUAUCUCGGUCUCGUUCCCAUGAAUGGCGUAAUCCAAGAGCAAAUCAUUCCAUAUCUUCCCGCAUACACAAUCAUGGCGUUCGGCUCGUACCUACUCUUCCGACUCGGCUGGGGGAUGUUUACCUUCAACGACGUUCCGGCCGCUCAUAAAUCGUUGCAAGCAGAGAUUACCACCGCGAAAGCUCAACUCCGAGCAGCAAAAGUACAAGUUGAUUAAACAGGGUCUUCAUCUGCUAUGCUUUUGAGGAAAGGGGUCGAUGCAUUUAAUGGGGACUGAGACAUGAGGGAUCGGUUUGAAUAUUUAAUAUUGUAAAUUUAUUCGGAUUACGACGGAGUCGACAGCAUUGGCUUUUUAUUUUUAUUUUUAUUUUUUGUCCCCAUUUAUUCGCUGGCUUUCAUGAAUUUUAUUCUACCCCCCAAUGGGAGGGCUCUUUUAUGGAUGGCGAGUUGGUGAUUCCUCUCCACAAUGCCCACUCUUACUGGCCUGGAUGGGCUAUUUCACAACAUCAUACUUCCUAGUGCUGUGUUCAUGCAGCCAUGAAACAGGGACCGGUGCGUCGCUAAACCUGGUGAGAAACAUGCGAUGAAAACCGAUCUAGCAAUGCUGCAGCCUUGACUGAGAUACAGCAUAUGUUUGUGGCAUACCAAUAACAUCAAGAUCAGAAAUACCUUGUUUCU